GUUUCUCCCCAUCUCAAUCCACAAACCAAACCUGCUCUGCAUCAUAACCAGGGGACACAAACUUCAAUUCAUGGCGGCUCUUAAUUGUUGCAGUGUAAUUAUAGUGGGUGCAGGCAUUUCAGGCAUAAUGGCUGGUAAAGUUCUGGCAGAAACUGGUGUCAAAGAUAUUGUAAUCUUGGAGGCAACAGAUCAGAUCGGUGGGAGGAUGGCGAGGACCAAAUUUGGUGGUCUUACAGUGGAUGUUGGAGCUGGGUGGAUUCAGGGAGUUGGUAAUGGCAAUGGUGGCCAAGUGAAUCCCAUCUGGGACCUUGCCAAUAAAUACAAUCUACGCACUUGCUAUUCUGAUUACAGUAAUGCCCGAUUCAACAUUUAUGAUCAGAGUGGAAAUGUAGUCCCUAGAAGUGUCGCCGGGGCUUCUUAUGACUUGGCAGUCAAUGCAGCAAAUCGUGAACUAGACAUGGAAGCUUCUGGGGAAGAAGAUGUUGAGCCCCAAUUUGUUCCAUCGACACCAUUGGAACUUGCUAUCGACUACAUCUUGAAUGAUUUUGAGAUGGCAGAAGUAGAACCAAUUCCAACUUACACAGAAUUUGGGACAAGGGAGUUCAUGGUUGCAGAUGAACGAGGUUAUGAUUAUAUUGUCCAAAAACUAGCCCAGCAAUUCCUUCAAUCUCAAAAUGGUCAAAUUAUAGAUGAUAGACUAAAAUUGUGCCAGGUAGUCAAAGAAGUAGAAUACAAAAAGGAAGGCGUUACUAUAACGACAGAAGGAGGCUCAAUUUUUAAUGCAAAGUAUUGCAUUGUGUCUGCUAGCCUAGGUGUCCUCCAGAGUGAUCUUAUCAAGUUCAAGCCAGAAUUACCUAGAUGGAAGAGGAAUCUAUUCUUUGAUUGUGACAUUCGAACUUACACUAAAAUAUUCUUGAAGUUUCCACAAAAGUUUUGGCCCACUGGGGAUGGCACAGAGUUCUUUCUCUUUGCUCAUGAAAAACGAGGCUACUACACCUUUUGGCAGCACUUGGAAAAUGCAUAUCCAGGAUCAAAUAUCUUGAUGGUCACAGUGACAGAUGAGGAAUCAAAGAGGAUAGAAGCACAAAGUGAUGAGAUAACAAUGGCAGAAGCUAUGUCUGUUUUGAAGAUCAUGUUUGGCAAUAAUAUUCCUCAGGCCCAAGAAAUUCUAGUUCCAAGGUGGUGGAACAACCCAUUUCAACGUGGAAGUUACACAAACUAUCCACAUUUUGUUAACAAAAAACACUUCCAGCAAAUUAAGGCUCCAGUUGGCCCCAUUUACUUCACAGGGGAACAUACCUCUGAAAAGUUCAAUGGAUAUGUACAUGGUGCAUACCUUUCAGGCAUUGAUACAGCAAAUAUGAUUGUUGACAAUAUGAAGAUGAAACAUGAGAAUGAACGAUAUAAUUCAUACUCUUGUGGAUAUGCCUCUAAAAAAGAUGAAAGAUUAUUUGCCAUCCCAAGCACUUUCUCAUCAAGAACACAACUUAAUAGGAAUUGGGAUAUCGUGAGGCAAAUGGUGUGGAAUAGAAUCAAUGUUAGUAGGCAUAAUCUCGGAAAGUGGGCAUUAUUAUUCUCUCCUCUCAAAUACAGAACUUGUAAUGAAGUGAAUUCCCAUUCAUGAUCUUGUAAUUCAAUGCCAAUGACAUGCUACAUUAAGCAUGUUAAAUUAGUCAUUGUAUUUGCUUGAA